AAGGCGGAGCAGCUGGGCGCUUCGUGCCCGCCCGUUCACCGGCCUGCCUGCCUGCUCGUCUCCCGGGGGCAGCGGAGGAUCCGGAGCCGGUGAGAGGGAGCCUCCCGGGGGCCGAGCCGGGAUGGAGGGGGCGCUGCUGCAGCUCCUGUCCUGGAGCUCCCUGGUCUUCACGCUGGGCAUGUUCGGCACCGGGCUGACCGACCUCCGCAAAAUGUUUGCAACCCGCAGCGUGGAAAAUAUCCAGUUUCUUCCCUUUCUGACGACCGAUGUAAACAACCUGAGUUGGCUAAGCUAUGGUUUCCUGAAGGGCGAUUGGACGUUGAUCGUGGUUAACACGGUGGGCGCGACGCUGCAAUCUCUCUACAUCCUGGUUUAUUUCUUCUUCAGCGCGGAGAAGCUUAGUGUCUUGAGGAAAACAACAGCCCUGCUGGCAGUCCUCCUCUUCGGCUACGCCUAUUUUAGCCUGAUGGUCCCCGAUCCCACCGCGCGCCUGGCCCAGCUGGGCCUCUUCUGCAGCCUCUUCACCAUCACCAUGUACCUCUCGCCCUUGGCAGAUCUGAUCAAGAUUGUGAAAAGCCGUUCCACCCGCUGCCUUUCCUUCCCUCUGACGGUCACUACCUUCCUGGCUUCGGCUAGCUGGACUUUCUACGGGCUCCUUCUGGAAGAUCUUUACAUCGCGAUUCCCAACGUGCCGGGCAUCGCGACCAGCCUUGUCCGUUUCUGGCUUUUUUGGCGUUUCCCAGCCGAGCAGGACAAAAAUUACAAGCUGUUGCAGGCCUGAAGACCGUGUGUGUGUGUGUGUGUGUGUGUGUGUGUAGGAAGCGGAGAAGAAAACCCCCCCACACACACACACAGCCGGCCGAGGGGGAAGAGAAAGACCCCGAAAUCAAAAAACUGUGCAGGCGAUGGAUUUGACCGCCUCGCCGCGCGCACAGCCUGCCCACCUGUGCAGCAAGGUGGUCCAUUUCCACAGCGGGAGGGGGUGUGAGAAAAUCCCCUCCCUCUCCCCGGUGUGUUGGGGGAGAAAAUAGAUCCGGAUCCAGAUGAAUGGGAUUCCCACUCUGGACUCUUUAAAAGAAGUUUGGAGACACCCCCCCACAAGUCUGGGGAAUGUAAAGGGGCUUCUUCCCACGAGAUAUUUUGGGGUGGGUGGGUCGAAAGCUGUUGGAAAACCCGUUGAGUUUUGAAGAUGGGGCUUCCAAAAUUUGCCAGUCUUUCUCGCUCUAUUCUUUAUUCGGACUGCUGCCAAAGCGACCAGCUUGCACACAACCGUUGCCUUAUCCUGUCCACCAGAAAUGCCUUUUUUAUAGAUCUAUAUAUAUAAAAAAAUGUUUUUAUAAAAACAAUUUUCUCCCCCUUUCCUCCUUCGCCACCGACUCCUCUUUUCCAAUUUUUUUUUGGGGGGGGAUUCCAAAGAUUAAAAUCCAAAAGAGGGAAAAGAAAAGAAAAAAGAAUCAGAGACAAAAGAAGAUGAUUUUUAAAAAAAAAUGUGAAUGGAAAAGGAUGAAAAAUGCCUUUGUUUAAAAAAAAAAAAUUUCUCCCACUUCCCAGGCUCCUCUUUCCAUUUUUUUUAAAAAAAAUUGAUUCCAAAGAUGAUAGAUAGAUAGAUAGAUAGAUAGAUAGAUAGAUAGAUAGAUAGAUAGAUAGAUAGAUAGAUAGAUGAUAGAUAGAUCCCAUUUCUUGUUUGCAACCAGCUCCUCUUUCAAUUUUUUUUAAUUUGAUCCCAAAGAUUAAAAUAACAAAAUCCAAAAGAAGAAAAAAACCCACAAGAUUUUAAUCAAUGUGAAUUAUAAAAAAGACAAAAUGCCUUUAAAAAAAAAAUUAUCCCACACUCUCUUGGCAACUGACUCCCUUUUUCGAUCCACUGGCUCCCUUCUACUUGGGAGAUCUCCCUGAGGUCUUGACCUGCUGAGCGUCCGGCCGAUAGAAGUUGGGGAAAGAGCCCCAGGCCUAAAAUUCUACGGAUGUAGCUUUAUGAGUGCCUUGCAAUAAACAGAAAAGAGGAGGGCUCUCUUU